AAAUAUCGUAGUUGACAAACAAUUGACAGCGUGUCAUACAGCAGAAGGUUGUCAGAAUUUAUAUAUAUUGGGUUUUUAGCCAUCCUGUGUUAUUUGUGUGGCUUGUUGGACAUUAAAACUUAAGUUAACUGUGGACCAAAGCAUUCCAACUAAUACGUGCUGUUACAAAACAAAACAAAAUCAAAACAAAGAAAAAUGGCUGGAGUUCCAGUUGCACUUGUUCUUUUGACAUUGGCAAUUAUCCAAUCGGUGAACGCUAACGCAGUUGAUUGCGAGGGGAAAGCGUUCUUUGAAGAGUGUGGAGACGGUCUUAGGUGUAUGUGUCCGAAUCGUAAUGUUAUCACUGCAUUAAAUCCUGGAGAACCUCCCUGUCCAGACACUCUCGUCUGCAGAAGGUUUCAAUGCGCUGCUCCAAUCCUAAGCGGUAGAUUUGUAGAGCCUAAAAAGGGGGAAAAUGGCGAGUAUUUGCUUUGCGAUAAGGAUGAAGAUUGCGGAAAAAACUUCAAGUGCGCGGGGAUUUAUUGUUGCCGGGUGUAUAGAGGAAAGCUUUUCUAAAGAUAAUAACGAAAAUUUGCAAGCUUAUGAAAUGAACUGACCGAAAUGUUAUGAGAAUUAAAAAUAAAAGAUACUGGUUGGAGAGAUAACUCCGACACUUGCUAAA